AUGUGGGAGGCCCUUCAGGAUGACGAAGGGCGGACCUACUACUACAACCAAGACACCCAGGAGACGCUGUGGGAGCUUCCCGAAGGGGCUGAGCUCAAACAGGAAGACUCGGCCGAGCCUAUCCGCCGCAUAGGCGAGUGGCUGGUGUACACUACUGAUGACGGCCGUGAGUACUAUUACAACGAAACUACCGGUGAAACCACCUGGGACAACCCUGAAACGACCCCUGAAAACGAAGCGGAGCUGGAGCUUGAUGCUGAGCUCAAAAAGCAGCCGAUUGAGGAACUCCCACAAGUGAAAAGUGAAGACGCUGAAGCCACAUUUAAAAAGCUUCUCAGCGAUAAUAACAUUGACGCCACGGUGCUGUUCCAAAAGACAAUGACGAUGCUCAUUUCUAAACCCGAGUACUGGGCCGUUUCUGACUCCCUCCGGCGUAAACAGAUCUACGAUGAGUAUUUGGCUGAGCUCGCAGAGAAACAAGUGUCGUCACGGUCAGAAGCGGUGGCAAACUUCAAACAAAACUUUCACGACGUUCUCGAUAAGUAUGUCGCUUCCGAGAAUCUUGAUCAUAACACGCGAUGGUCUACGAUCAAACGACAAUUGGAAAGCGACGAUAAUCCAUUAUACAAGCACGCAGUGGUGCCUGAAGACCAGGUGGUGGGCAUUUUCUACGAGUAUAGAGAUAAUUUGAAGAAGGCUCACGAGGAGCAAGAGCAGGCUCAAAAGAAGCAAGCACUCAGCGAGCUCGAGACGUACCUCGUCGAUGUCAACCCUGAGCUCACGCAGACGUCUGCUGACUGGGAGCAAUUGUGGCAAGCACUUCAAAACGAUCCUCGCUAUCAAGCUAAUCGCCACUUUGACGUAUUAGCCCCGGCUGACGUGUUGGAGCUUUAUAGUACAAAAAUUCUCCCCGUCAUAGUGAGCAAUCUUCAAAAGAAGGUGGAUGCUCAGCGCAAAGUGAACCAGAGACGGGACCGAAAGGCGCGGGACGCCGUUAAGCAGGUCCUUGCUGGUCUCGACAUCAAGGCGACGCUGAAGUUUAGCGAGGUGUGGCCUAAGUUGGCUAAUGAUCCCGCGGUGAGGGAUCUCGCUGGACGCAAUGGCUCUCUGGUUCCGGAGUUGUUUUGGGAUAUUGUCGAUGAGAAAGCCCAGACAUUGCGGGUGGCGGUGGACAUGGUGAGUGAGGUACUCGCCACUCAAGGCCACGGUUAUCUUAAGGGCUUAUCUUCGGCUGACGAUCUAGAAAAAGCACUCAAAUCAAGUGACGAUACACGAGUGUCUCAAUUGGACAUUGAGAUGGCAUUGCUUUGGGAACAGCUUGUUGCAAAACGUGAUUCUGUAUAUGCUCAGGAGGAAACAAAAUUGGCCACAUCCAUGGCCAAGGAAGGGAAGGCACUCGAUGACAAUGACCCUUUAGUCAAAGAGCUUGUUGAGAAAUUCUUUGGCAACGAUUCAGAACGUUUCAAGCAAGCUAUCCAACGCAUUGGUGCCUCAUUGGCAAAACGCAAACGGCCAGCUGAAGACGAUGACAAAAAGAAGAAACGAGUGGUUCUUAACUAUUAA